GUUCUUGAGGAAAUGUAUAAGACACUGGAAUUGGAAAUUCCUCCAGUGUUUACGUUUCGUCAGGAAGUUUUUACACAAAAAUUUUUUUGCAGUGCUGGUUUUAUGAAUAAAUGGUAUGAUACAAAAGAAGCAUUUCCGAAUCAAGAAAUAGCAAGAGAAGCUGCGGCUCAAAGCCUAUUGAAGAUAAUUAUGGCUUCGAAAGAAUAUGAAGAUUAUCUUCAAGAAAAAGAAAAACAGGAAAAAGAAAAAUAAGGGUAGAAAUUUUAUUAAUAAUGGUAAAUUUAGAAAAGGAAAUAAGCAAUCCUUUACCCCAAGGAAUACGAUUCAAAAAUUAUCCAGGAGCCAAAGGAAGAAGUUAAAGAGACAAAUUAGGAUGCAACAAAAAGUUAUUGGAAAACAGGAUGCAGUGCAAUCUAUAUUUUGCCCUAAUCCUGUUUCCAGACAGGAAAAUAAACCUAAGAAGGUGAAGUUUGAUGAUAAAAUACUUGUUCUUGGUCAAGACUUUAUACCAAAACCAAAUGGUUCAAAGAGUUUAAGAGGUAUAAUGAGUCAAAAAAAUCAAAAUUCAUCAUACCAAUAUGAUCAAAUCUCUAAUGAGCCCAUAACCUACCAAAUGUUGGUAAGGGAAUUCUUGGAGAAGGAUAAAAUCUACGUUCCCCCAAGCAAGUUCUUGGAUGAUUUUUGCAUCAUCUCAAAUAUUUCGAAGCCAAAUUAUGAUUUCUACAAUGAUGGUUAUGGAAACUUCAUUGCGGAAAUUUUAGUUGGUGACGUUAAAUAUAUAGGUGAACGAGUUUUUUGUUACGUAGAAGAAGCUCAGGAAUGUGUAGCAGAGAUAGCUUUUAAUAUAUUAUAUAACAAAAGUGAUAGGAAUACAAAAACGAAAUUUAAAGACAGACUUUCGUUUGCAUCGCUAGAUCGUUCAUUGGACAUGCCGGAUAUGCUUAUGCCGGACAUGCCUAGCGAAGCAGCUGCAUCAUUUGGUUUACUACAGCAAAGACAUGAAAGUUACAUUCCAAUAUACCCAAACUGCAACUCCUCUUGCAUACAACAAUUCGGAAUGCCGCCACCGCCACCUCCACCUCCACCUCCAUUACCAACAACUUAUUGCAAUAUUCCGAUGGAACCUUCUCGACCGAUGUCUAAUACGUCUGAAAAUCCAUCAACUUUUGAUUCAAGUCCUUUGACGGCGCCACUUUCCGUUUCAAAUCUUGGUAAUGUUCAAAAAACACGUCAAGAAAUUCCUACACAACAGAUUCAGGUAGAACCUAAACAAUCGACUACCGUACCUCGACAACAAAAUGAUUCAAUAACACCUUACGUUUUGCACAAACUUGCUAAAGAAAGAGGGUGGGGCGUCAUUGAUUAUCAGUACAGUAAAACCCUUAAAGGGUAUAAAUGUACUUGCUAUAUUAGAAAAUUAAAAUUUACCUCAAAUCCUUGUAUUGACAAGGAUACUGCCAAGAAUCAAGCAGCUAAAAUUGCCUUAUUAGCAUUGCCGGAAUAUAGCGAUUGUGAAAUCUAGAUCCGUGUCUAGAUAUGAAAUAUACGAAAUAAUUUUGUUUGUUCGGUUAUUUGGUUUGUGAUCACGGCAUUAAAUAUUCUACGUUUAGAUUAUUAUUGCCAUAAUUUCGAGCAUAGCCGCCAUCUUAUUAAUUUUUUUUUUCUUUU